CAGGUAAGCAAUUUUAGUAUGAAACGUAAGACAUAUUUCAUGAGCAACAAUAAAAUCCUUGAAGACUAUAGCUUAUUAAGUUACCGCUUGUAUUCCCUUAUAGCUGUGUUCAUUUGAAUACGUAAUAUACCAAGAUUACGUUUCUCUAUAUAUAGUUCUCUUUUCUUCUUUUUCUCUUUAAUUGUUACUUUUUUUCUUUACACUUGCAAAAAAAAAAAAUAACCCAAUGGGCAAGAGUAUAGUCAAAUUGGAAGACAACGUGAUUCCUACCAAGGAUACAAAAUUAGUUUUGGCUGAUGGUGCCAUUACAGUACCACCUAUUGCUAUCGGUGCUUGGCAAUGGGGAGAUAAGAAAGUCUGGAAUUGGACACCCGAGGCUGAAAAGGAUGCCAAAGAAGCAUUUGAUAAAGCUUUUGAACUUGGCAUUCCAUUUUAUGAUACAGCUGAGGUUUAUGGUGAUGGUGAAUCAGAAAGGGAAAUUCAAAGAUUUAGAUCGAAGUACACAGAAGAGCAACAAAAGCAAAUGGUUAUUGCUACCAAAUUCUUCCCACAUGAUGAUCGUACAAACUUCCCUGAUGUCUUGUUAUCUGCCCUCAAGGAUUCUUUAGCUCGAUUGGGUACCAUGGAUGUUGAUCUUUAUCAGAUCCAUGCUGCUAUUCAUCCUGCUGAAAUUGAAGUUGUUGGCAAUGCAUUAGCUGAUGCUUAUGAUGCUGGCCUCGUCAAGGCUGUUGGUGUUUCCAACUACAGUCUUGACGAAAUUCAACGCAUGCAUGCUGCAUUGACAAAACGAGGUGUUCCUUUGGCUUCAAACCAAAUUUCGUUUUCUUUGAUCCGCACUAUUCCCGAGAAAUCUGGUUUAAUUAAGUUGUGUCAUGAUCUUGGCAUUGCUGUCUUGGCUUAUUCUCCUCUUGGUAUGGGCAUUCUUACCGGUAAGUUUGGUGCAAAGGGACCUUGGCCAGAAGGACGUCAAAGAACAUUUAGUUCUUUGGAUACAGAACAAUUGACCAAGUUAUUGGACGUCUUGAAGAACCUAAGUGACAAAUACAACUUGCCUCAAAGUGCUAUUGCAUUGAAUUGGUGUAUUGUUAAAGGAACAAUUCCUUUAGGUGGUGCUAGAACAGCAGAGCAUGUUGAACAGAACAACCUUGCUUUGAAUUUCCGCUUGACACCUAAUGAAAUUGCAGAACUGGAUAGUCAUGCUUUUGUUGGUUCAAACAACAAGAAUUGGCAACACGGAUAAAUAAAGAAUCUUAUUUUAUUUAUUUAUUUACAAU